AUGGAUACCAAUGUUGGCACUGGUGGUCCCUAUAUCUCUCGGAGGGGAUUGAUCCUGGUCUCGAUUCUUCUGGGUCUUGAUAUCCUGAUUCUCGUACCUUUUGCCAUAUAUGCAACGUUUACGCCUCGAUGGACGUCGACGAUGGACUCGUUUACUAUGAUGAGGAUGGAUGCAGCGGUCGCAGCCAAGGUGCCUUUGCUCCUUGGUCAGGAGACAGACAAGAUUAGUGCCAUUGAUGAGAUCUCAGGAUGCGUGGGCGAUCUGUCGAAAGAGAGCGACCUCAAUGGCAAAUUAGGCCUGGGGGGCUCCCCGGCCACCGAGUUCAAGGGAGAACAAGAGGUUUGA